AUGGUGCCCCCUACUUUGGAGACCCUCCCCGCGGACGUUCAUCUGGAGAUUCUUUAUAAUACUCACAGAGAUGACCUCCUCAGACUCGUUCAUGCCUCCCCCGUUGUCUAUCGCACCAUGAUUAAAGCUCAGGGCCUAGUUGCCAGAAACUUGUUGCGCGGGGUGAUGAACCCGAUGCUCUUCCCUAUGGUCAUUACCCUCUUCUAUGCCCAGAAGGAAGAUUGGGUACCCGACAUGUCUCUCGGCGAGGAGGCUGCUGGCGAGGCCUACACUGCUAAAGUUAUCGCUUUCUGCACCAAGUAUCUGGCCGGUCACCAGGUGGGCCCCCUUCCCAACGCCAUGCAUUUCACUCUCGAGAUGGGAAUCAAGAUGGUGCGAUUCCAUGAACAUGCUGAGCCGAUUGCUCAAGAAGUUGCCGGGUAUGUCGGCAAGCACAUAGUAGCAUGCCGAUCCGAGAUGGAAUAUUUCCGAAUCCAGAAAUGUGUCUACAUCUACGAGUUGGCUAGACUCGUCGCAUCCUGGAAGGUAGUGAAGGACGAAAGGGAGACACAUAAGUUCAUAUGGUCGCGACCGAUCUACUACACAUCCGACUACUGCGCCCCGAAGUGUGUCUGCCAUUUGCCCCGGAGUGUGAAGCAUUACAGUUCCGUCAACAAGCUUAACAAGAAUGAGACCUUGUCGUAUCCCGACCACCGAGGCAAGGAGGAUAGAUUGAUCGCUCAAGGCAGCGACUCACUGGUUAUGAAGAAUUCAAUCUCUGGGUGGGUUCAGAAGACCAAAUAUUUAUGGCUCCCUUUGGAACGCGGCUUUAGUGUGCGUGAAGUUUUCGAACUCGCAAUGGGUUAUGGAAACGGCCACGACGGUCCCCGUGACUUGUACCUCUGGGCUUACCUCUACGACAAGCUGCGACCUUUUUCUCCGCUGCAUGCGUUGAAAGUUGGAUGGGGGGAGACAUUUGAUGUCGGUCUCGACGAGCACCACGAGCUGAUUGACGGUAAAUUGGUAUACUUCAAACCUUGGUUCGGAAACCUGAACAUGAAGCGCCUCAGCUUUAACGACCGCCCCAAAUACCCCCGAAGUGGCCGGACGUUUCCCCUCAUGUCUGAUCUAAUUAGGGAAGCUGAGGCCAUCAUCAACAGCGAAUCGAAGGUUUCCAAGGCUAACGACGCGAAGAAGUAA